AUGGAGUCCCAGCAGCUGCCACUGGCCUCCGCGUACCUGCUGGGGGUGCUGGAGAUCCAGGUGAAGCUGAGCAACUCCAACUCGCGAUGCCAGGGCCAGCUGGAGGUCCGGUACCACGGAGCAUGGUCUACAGUGUGUAAACAUAGCUGGGACCAGCAGGAGCACAGCCAGCAGCCCACGACGUUCUGUCAGCAGCUGGGCUGUGGGGCACUCUUGAGGCUGGAUACCUUCUCUCCCUUCAACAAGCCGCAUCGCCCUCUCAUCUGCCACGGACCACCAUGGUCCAUCAGCAACUGUAGCAUCAGCAGCAUCAGCCAGUGCCAGCCUUUAGGUCUGAUCUGCUUAGAACCACCUACAACGAGGCCUCCAACAACGAGCCCUCCACCCACCACCACUCCAAAGCCCACUGUACCCCCCAGGCUGCAGCUGGUGGCGGGGCCAGCGGGCCUGCGCUGUGCGGGUGUGGUGGAGUUUUACCGGGGCAGCCAGGGUGGCACCAUCAGCAGCAACACCCCGGACCUGACCCAGGGCCUGGGGAACCUCAUCUGCGGAGCCCUACAGUGUGGCUCCUUCCUGGAUCGCCUGCCUGAGCCCAGCGCAGCCGGAGACACCAGCAGAGGGUACCUGCCGCUCCGCUGGACCAUCCUGAACACCAACUGCACCUCGCUGGAGCAAUGCUUCCAGAGCUUCCAGCCCGAGGACAGUGACCGGCCUCUUGCCGUCCUCUGCUCGGGCUUCCAGCCCAAGGUGCAGAGCCGCCUGGUGGGAGAUGGAGGUGUGUGUGAAGGCAUAGUGGAGGUGCGCCAGGGUGGACGGUGGGCAGCCCUGUGUGACAGCCCCCUGUCCAGGAACACAAAGCGAUGGGAGGAGGUGUGCCAGGAGCAGCAGUGUGGCAGCUUCAAGACUUACUGGGAGCUGGGUGCCGAUGAGAAGACCCCCAAAGGGCUCACCUGUUCCUACCAGAAGCUGUCCCAGUGCCCUACGCUGCAGGAGAAAACCCACUGCAAAAGGGUGUUUGUCACAUGUCAGAACCCACACCCGUCCGGCCUGGGCACAGGCACUGUGAUGAGCAUCAUCCUGGCCCUGGUGCUCCUGGUGGUGCUGCUGGUCGUGUGUGGGCCUCUCGCCUACAAGAAGCUGGUGAAGAAAUUCCGUCAGAAGAAGCAGCGCCAGUGGAUCGGCCCAACAGGAAUGAACCAGAACAUGUCCUUCCAUCGCAACCACACGGCCACGGUCCGCUCCCAGGUGGAGACGCCUGCAGCCUCUCAUGUGGACAAUGAAUACAGUCAGCCCCCCAGGAGCUCCUACCUCUCUGCCUAUCCAGCUCUGGAAGGGGCCCUGCACCGCUCUUCUGCACAGCCCGACAACUCCUCCGACAGCGACUAUGACCUGAACGGGACUCAGAGGCUGUGA